GCAAAGAAAUAGAAAAAGUGGCAAAGCAACAUGGGCCUGUAGUAAAUAUCAAAGGACAGAAAACCCAGCGUUCUAUCACCGGAAUAUGACGCCAAUGGCUAUAAUGUUGCAUUGUAGCCUACAAYAUUUUGUAUAAUGAACAAUGUUGCCACAAAUUAGAAAAUAAAUGCGUGUUUGGGCUACAUUGUGUCCAAUGAUAUCUGCCGCCAGGGGGAGUCGACUCUCAAGGACUUUAUUUCCCAAAUUCCAAUGAGAACCUGGAGCUAAAUCAGAGGUCCGACUAAAAACCUAAAUAAUUUGCAGACUACGUUAUUUCCCACUCACUUCCGUAGGUCUGGUUUAUUUGGUGUGAACGAAUACGGUUACGCUGCGUGACGAAAAAACUCCAUCCUGUCCCGUUCCAAGGUCCCUCUGAUGACUGUUAUCUUGGCCUAAUGUCUGUCCGAGUGCCAUCCAUGAGUGUGCUGCCUCCUGUUCGAAGGGACCGUGUCAUUGCCCAGCUUCCUCAGUGUUAUAGUAAGAAGGCUGCUGUGCAAACUAAAGAAGAGUUCAACUUCAAAGUGAAGACUGCCUGCCAGGAGCAACGCACUGGCACAGUAGGUAGGUUUAAAAUCGCUAAGGUCAUAGUGGUUGGUGACCUGGCCGUGGGAAAAACCUGUCUGAUUAAUAGGUUUUGCAAGGAUGCAUUUGACAAGAACUACAAGGCGACCAUUGGUGUUGACUUUGAGAUGGAGCGGUUUGAAGUGUUGGGGGUGCCUUUCAGCUUACAGUUAUGGGACACUGCGGGGCAGGAGAGGUUCAAGUGUAUUGCCUCCACAUACUACAGGGGAGCUCAGACGAUUAUUAUUAUGUUUGAUGUAAAUGAUGUGGCAUCUUUGGGCCAUGCAAGGCAGUGGCUUGAAGAUGCCUUGAAGGAGAAUGAUCCUAACAAUGUCCAGCUUUUCCUGGUGGGCACAAAGAAAGACCUGAGUUCUCCUGCUCAGUACUCUCAGAUUGAACAGGAUGCCAUCAAACUGGCUGAGGAAAUCAAAGCAGAGUAUUGGGCCUUGUCAUCAUUGACUGGGGAAAAUGUGAGGGAGUUUUUCUUCCGUGUUGCAUCAUUGGCAUUUGAGGUCAAUGUUCUGGCAGAGAUAGAGAAGAGUGGAUCAAGACACAUUGGGGACGUUAUCAAAAUUAACAGUAAUUCAAACAACCUGUAUGCAACAUCAAAGAAGAAACAGUCAAACUGUUGUCAAUGAAGACAAACACAUGACUACUACAGUAAAAAGGUACCAAAGCAAAAAGCAUAAUUUCCUCAGAAGAGAAACUGAGAACCCAUGACCACUCCCAGAGACAUGGAAUUUGCAGUGAGGCAGGACAGAGACUUUUGCCUUCAGACAUUUGAUUUUAAUUUCUGCUGGCCCGGAAAGAACAGCUUCUUGGUUGGAUGUGGAUUCCUGUGGUGCUUGGCUUAUUUUUGACUAUCCAUAGUUUCGGAUAGAAUUUCCUCUGUGUCAUUGUACUCAUACUGUACAAUUCCAGUUUUUGAGUCCUGACAGAAAUUGUGAUCGAGGUACUGCUUUAAUAGCUAUGGAGUAUGGACAAUCAUGGAUGUCUUCAAAUACCCAAUAUGGAUAUUUUUAAGACACUCCACCAUUAGGCCUAUUAGAUUUUUUACAGCGUUGUUUUGUUUAGUGUUGUUUCCAUGCGACAUGMUUUUUGCACAAUUUGUAACUAUUGCAUAGAUUAAAACUCAUGACUCCUUCCUGGGAUGUUAUAUUAUGCUA